AUCAACAUGCUUGUCAAACUCAUCUCUUUUCUUUCAGCUGCUACGAGCGUAGCUGCUCAUGGUCAUGUGUCAAACAUCGUUAUCAACGGGGUGUCCUACCGUGGAUGGGACAUCAAUUCGGACCCUUACAACUCCAACCCUCCGGUGGUGGUUGCAUGGCAAACACCCAACACAGCUAACGGCUUCAUCUCCCCUGAUGCAUACGACACAGAUGAUGUGAUUUGUCAUCUGAGCGCCACGAAUGCCAGAGGCCAUGCAGUCGUUGCUGCUGGAGACAAGAUCAGCCUCCAAUGGACGACCUGGCCUGACAGCCACCAUGGUCCCGUCAUCAGCUACCUAGCCAACUGUGGCUCCAGCUGCGAGACAGUCGAUAAGACCACCCUCGAGUUCUUCAAGAUCGAUGGUGUUGGCUUGGUGGAUGAGAGCAAUCCUCCUGGUAUUUGGGGAGACGAUGAGCUCAUCGCCAACAACAACUCCUGGCUGGUGGAGAUUCCGGCAAGUAUCGCGCCAGGAUACUAUGUGCUGCGUCACGAGUUGAUUGCUCUGCAUGGAGCUGGAAGUGAGAAUGGAGCCCAGAAUUACAUGCAAUGUUUCAACCUUCAGGUUACUGGAACCGGCACGGUCCAGCCUUCCGGAGUCCUGGGCACGGAGCUGUACAAAUCCACAGACGCUGGGAUUCUUGUCAAUAUCUACCAGUCGCUCUCCACCUAUGUUGUUCCUGGCCCGACCCUGAUCCCCCAGGCCGUCUCCCUCGUUCAGUCGAGCUCCACCAUUACCGCCUCGGGCACGGCAGUGACAACCACAGCUUGAGCGGCGACCGCAAACGUUUGACAACCGUCGUGUCUAGUACAGACUCGGUUGACCAGAUUGUUGUGAGAUUGUUGCUGGAGUGAAGAGAUGAACUAUAGCUGUUUCUGGAGCGCAUGAAGGGGUUCUGUUUCUCCUUUGCCAAACAGGGCGAUUUCUUGUUGCGAAUGUUUCUACCACCACUCGUUCGUACAUAUAGUUGCCAACAGGAAGUGUCAGUAUACCACAUUCAUUCAAAAUAAACUCAACGGAUAUGCUGUGAAUGAAUUGCGCAAUAUACACUUUGACUCCGUAAGAUACUCA